CGAACAAAUGCGUCUUCUCCUGGGUGUCGGGCGAGACUCGAGGCUUUGGUUCCCUAUCCUCCUCGCUGCAAUGGGCACCGUGGGCGUCGUGGUGGGCGUCGUGGUGGGCAUCUACCUGAUCAGGAAGUACCGGGAGAGCAAGUGGGGGAAAUGCAAGAGCAAGAGGCGCAUGGAAGGGAAGAUUGUCGUGAUCACUGGAGCAAACUCAGGCAUUGGGAAGGAGACAGCACGUGACUUGGCAAGUCGUGGAGCCAUUGUAAUUCUUGCAUGCAGGAACCGCCAGGCUGCUCUUGAAGCUGUGAAAGACAUCCGUACUACCACUGGAGAUGGUGACUUGAUUGUCAUGGACCUUGACCUUGGUGACUUGGCAUCAAUCAGGACAUUUGCAUCAAACUUCAUGGAGAAGUUUAGUAAGCUUGACGUCUUAAUAAACAACGGAGGAGUGUUCAUCCCCCCAGAAGAGCGAAGGAAGACUAAGGACGGCUUUGAAGUUCACUUUGGGGUCAAUCAUCUGGGUCACUUUCUUCUCACUCACCUGCUCUUUCAUCAUAUUGAGCGCACACCCAGCUCUCGAAUUGUGAAUGUGUCAUCACUUCUCUACAAAUGUGGCAAGAUAGAUUUUGAUAAUCUGGAUGCAGAUAAAGGCUGGGAUAAGAAAGUCAGACAUAAUGCCCUCUACUGUAACUCUAAGCUAGCAAACAUCUUCCAUAGCCAAGAACUGGCGAAGAGACUUCAAGGCACAGGAACAGGAGUAUUUGUUUUGUGUCCUGGCUUUGUGUACACUGGGCUCAUGAGAUACAGUGCCCACCAGUUCAGUUGGUUCAAAAAACUGUGCUUUGCUCCUAUUAUUUUCCUGUUUAUGAGGACACCUAAGCAGGGAGCCCAGACUACUAUCCACUGUGCUGUAUCAGAGGAAUUGGAUGGUGUGGAAUGGGGAUUCUUACGUGAGUGCAAAAUUGAUAAACUGGAAGCCGUUGCAGAAGACCCUGACACUGCUGCCAAACUAUGGGAUGUGUCUAUGGCCCUUGUGGGGGAGGGAGGCUCUGCAUCAGCAGCCCUGGAAGAUGAUAAUGGCUUUGUUGAGGGGCAAGAUGCAGAAGCAGUAAUGGUGGAGGAAGAGGCCGUUUUGGUGGAAGAUAUUCAAGUGGAGGAAACCACAGUAUUGAAAGCAAGCCCUCAGGUGGAAGAGAAGGGUCCAGCUAAAGAGGAAGAACAAAUGUUAAGAGAAGAAACCGAGUCACCUGAUGCAGAACUAGAGACUCUAGAGAAAGAAGAAAGUGAUGAAGAAGAAGAAGGAGAACUACUAGACGAGGAUUUUGUCAACAGCGACAAGGAGAAGCUGCUGGAACAAAAAAAGCCAGAUGAAGUAAAGUUAAUGAAGUAGGGGUAAAGUAAAUACACCAUCCAUACGAGGACAGUCGCACUUGACAUGCAUACGUAGUCACAAACGAGUAGAAAUUAUGAAUCUAGGAACUGUAUAUGCAUUCAGAUAUAAUCAACUGCAGAUCUGCUUGUAAGCCAAAUCAGAUUCAUAACAUGUUUGAGAUAUGUACAAUUAAAUUUGGCUCAGCAGUGGAAAGUUGGCUGUGUAACACUUGUGAUUUUGCAAUAGUAAAUUUAUAGAUAUUCUAAGGUUUGCUCUAUUUUAUUAAAGCAAAGGCAUAUAAAAGCUGUAAAUAAUUAAAAGCUUAAACGAGUCGUCCUGCAAAGUAUUGCCAAACUCAGGAAAGGCCUUGAGUCUGCUUAAGUGGUAUUACUUCUGUAUUGUGGAUGUUUGUUAUCAUAGUCAUAACAGGGUAAUGGUACCUGCAUUUGCUUACAUGUGUUGUGUUUAUGUGUUGUACAAAUAUGUUGUCUGGUUUUCUUAGACUUGCUCUAAUGAAAAUCUUAAAGAUUAAAUGCUGUUAAAUGUUGCUAUAUCAGCUAUUCAAGCAUUUUAGAUUUAAAUCC